CUGCGAUCAGUCAUAUUUUGUCCCACGUUUUCCAGAUUGUUGAAAGCUGCUGACAUUCAAACUCCGGAAUUAGGAGCAGGUUGACUUCCAGCCAUAUUUUUACUCCAGACAUGGCGGAGUUUCAGGCAGUGAUCAUGGCAGGAGGAAAGGGCUCCAGGAUGACAGACCUGACAGCUAAGAUACCUAAAGCACUGCUUCCUAUUGGAAAUCUGCCAAUGGUUUGGUAUCCUAUCAACUUGUUGGAAAGAUCUGGAUUUGAAGAUGCCAUUAUCAUUGUCCCUGCAUAUUUCAAAGCAGAGAUAGAGAGGGCACUGCAGAUGUGCGAGGUGAAGUUAAACCUGGACUUCGUUGAGGUGCCAGAUGAUGAAGACUGGGGAACAUGUGACUCUCUGAGACACAUUAAAGAUAAAAUAACAACUGAUUUGCUGAUAAUAAGCUGUGACCUCAUUGUGGAUUUUCCUCUGAAUGCCCUGGCUGAUGUUCACCGUACAUAUGACGCCACCGUCACCACUCUGAUGUCUGUGGCGCCAGAAACUUUCACAGAACUCACAGCACCAGGGACCAAGUCCAAGAGAAAAAUGGAACACGAUUUUGUUGGUUUAGAUGAAAAGGGCAACAGACUCUUAUUCCUCGGUUCUGAUGCAGAUUUUGAAGAAACUGUUACUUUUAAAAAGUCACUUUUAAAAAGGCAUCCAUGUAUAAAUAUCAGGACCAAGUUAUUAGAUGGUCAUCUCUAUUUAAUGAAAAAGUGGGUGCUUGAUUAUUUAGCAGAGCAGAGCUCACUAACAACUCUCAAAGGCGAACUUGUACCAUACUUAGUAAGGAAACAAUUUUCUCAAGCAGCCAAAGUGCCAGAAAAAGAUCUCCCAAAUGCCAACGCCUCAGUAAUCUCUGUAGCUACAGUAAAAGAUAUAUAUGGUUUUGCUGUAGAAGACAACAUGGCAGGAAUAACCAGAGAAUACUCAAGCUGGAAUGACCACAGUGGAGAUAUGGAGGGUUGUUACCAUGGCAACAAGAUAAGGUGUUACACUCACAUCCUGAAUGAGGGGUUCUUGCUCAGGGCCAACACGGUGGCCACUUACUGCGAGGCCAACAGACAGAUUGCUAAGCUGCUGGCAUCUCUGAGGCCAAGUAAAGAUGUGAAACCUGUCCACCCUACAGCUACUGUUGCACAGAAGGCUCAGGUUGGUAAUGACAGUCUUGUUGGUGAGGGUGUCACCAUUGGGGAGAAGACCUCUAUCAAGAAGUCAGUGAUAGGAAAACACUGCAGCAUUGGAGAGAAGGUGAAAAUCACCAACUCUGUGAUUAUGGACCAUGUGACCAUCAAAGAAGGCUCCAACAUCCAGGGAUGUAUACUGUGUGACAAUGCACACAUCAAUGAGAAGUGUGACCUGAAGGACAGCAUGGUGGGUAGUGGACAGAAUAUAGUAGCCAUGGGGAAAUUUACAAAUGAAGUGAUAGUUGAUGUUGAUAGAAUGAUGACCAUCUAGUCUGACCUGUAACCAUAGCAACAGAAGAUAAAACAGACGGCAAUCCUGGACCUGUUCUGCCUGGAGAUAAUUCCUAGGACCAGAUCUCUGUAGAGGUCAAUGUGGUGGUUACACAGCAGUGUGGUCUCAGUGUGUUACAGAACCCAGUCUGCAGAGGACAUCCCAGUCAAACAGGCCACAAGCGUGACUUUUCUAAUGCCACAAAUAUGAUUGCUAUAAGAGAUUUUCUCAAACAGAACAAAAAAUUCUGCAGUUUGAAAUCCCCUUAGUGUGAAGUCUACCUACUAAGUUCAGAGGAAGAGAUUAGGUACUAAGUCUAGUGUGAGAUACUCUUGCUGGCCCGCAACAGGCUCUGGAAUAUUUUCAAGACAAUUUUCAGUCAGAUGGGAUCAUUUAUUAUUGAUAUUUGAACAAAAACCAAGUUUUGUUGCGCUUGUGAAGAUUUGGCUACAUAGAAAUAUUUACAGAAAUGUCUACAUGAUAUAUGGAAGGCACAUUACACAACAGCUGAUGGUGGGGGGACAGACAGAGAAAUUGUAUCAUAGUCAAAGAUAAGUCUAGGCAAAGAUUGCUACGAAUUUCUAGCAACCAAAAAUGCUUGUCAUUAAAAAUGAUAAAGACCCAGUAAUACAUUGUUUCUUUUAAGUCAUUAAAUGAAGCCUCCAGAGUGAAUGAUUAUUAUUUUGACCAUGCAUUAGAUCUUGUGUAGUGGUUGAGAAUAGUUCAUAAACUAGGACAGUUGAAUUAUGCAGAAAUCUUGGUUAUAAAAUUGGUUGUGGGCCAGUUAUUUAUGUAAAACUGAAACCAAUACAACCCACUUUGUUUUCAGAUUCAAAACAUCUAAUCUAGGCUCAACAAGGACAUUUGAAAUGUGAAACAUCUGCUGAACACAAAUUGGUUCAAAGUGAAAGGAAGGCAGUCAAGAAAACAUGGAAUAAAUUAUUUGAAUCAUAUUUUAAUCAAAUAAUAAUAAAAAAUUAUCAUAUAAUAAUUAUGUUGGUAAUAAAUAAAUGAUAUUUCUUUUGAUUUGUUUGAUCUGUAAAUACAGACUAGAGGCUAUUGUUUGCAAUGUUAUUUUGUAAAUACCUGCAAAACAAAGGAAAUUCACGACCAUACUACAUGCUACCUAACAAAUCUUAUAUACACUACAAUUGCAAACCUUAAGCUACAUCUACAAUACCCGAUUCAGCAAAACUACUCUUAAUACGUAAAACAAUAUCUGCCUUGCAGCUGUGGGGAAAUGUCAACUCCAAGGCAUGCUGGGACAGAAGACGUGGAACAAAAUGUCUAACUAAAUGACCAGCAGUUCACGUCUGACUCCCUUGCAUAUAUCUGCCUGCCUUAAUGUGACUGAUGAGAUUUCUUCUACUCUGACUAAUCAAAUAUUGUACUUAAUAAGCUGUUCAUGUGGCUCCAUAGUACAUAGAAUCUCAUUUUAAUGUUUAUCUUUCACAUUUAUAGAAAGCAGAAUUUCCAAUUCAUACCAAAAAGAGAACCUUUUUUUUCCAAAAAAGAAAAAAAGCUUCAAAAAAUGAAGAGUUAUGGUGGGCAAAUUGCACAGAGCCCAUUAGCUAACAAUAGUGAUGCGUUGUAUGUCCACAAACAUGAAGAAAUCCUCUGAAAAAAAUACAAUUGCAAAAUCAAGAAUCCACUGGAAAAAUGUUUGAUCUUCAAGUUUUGUUUAUAUUGCUAUAAUGCACGGCGUUAGCACCUCCAAGCACCAGUGGUAGAACUAGGAACGCUAGUCUGUGAACUAGAACUGGACAAGAUCAAUAAACCUAGAACAUGUUUGUAAACACCAAAAUACCAUGUAAGCUUGACUUGAAAUGAGGUAGAAGAUGCUCCACACGCAUCUUGCCCUGUACUUUACUUAUGUGAGAUAUGUACAAGUUUCACAUUCUCCUAAUGAUUACACAUAUAUAAGUAAUGAUUCAACCUAUGAGGCCGUCCCUUUGGUCAUCCUAGAACAGCAUGCAGUAAACUGAUUACAUACCGAAGUAAUUUAGCACCAAUAAAAUAUUAUUAUUUCUUGGAAUUCCUUAUGAUCCAUUCAUUGAUAUUCUUGGCAACUGAUACUCCAGAGGCAGUUGAAUCCCCCACUGGUUCAUCUAAAUAAAUGACUGGACAGUUUCAGUUAUGAUUGAUAUACUUGACUUUCUGUAUGUUAUAAAGAAAUAUACUUCCUAAUUUACAUCACUUGAGACACUGUAUAAACUGGUCUCAAACUGUGACUUGAAUACAUAUAUGUAGGCAACAUAUGUCAGGAUUAAUUACAGUAUCUUUCUAAUUGAUUUCUAUUCAACCAUCCCU